AUGGAUCAAGAUGGAUAUCAUAUCUAUCAUCGUCACAAUAAUGGUCAAGUUUAUAUUGUGAGGGGGCAAGAAGUUGAUAACAAAGAUGUCGUACCAUACAAUGCAUAUCUUUCUAAACAUUUCAAUUGUCACAUAAAUGUGGAAGUUUGUGCCGGAAUGAGAUGCGUCAAGUAUAUACACAAGUACAUUUAUAAGGGUUAUGAUCGUACAACGAUGGUGUUGGGAUUGAUAAAUGAGAUCCAACAAUAUCUCGAUGCGAGGUAUAUUGGACCUCCAGAAGCCGCUUGGCGAAUAUUUGGUUAUCCAUUACAUGCAGAGAUACCAACAGUUGUACACUUAGCACUUCAUUUACCUGGAAUGCCCCGCGUUCUUUUUAAUCCUGAUGAAUCAUUAGAAGCAAUUGUUUCUAGAGUUGGCCAACAAAUGUCAACUCUUACUAGUUUUUUUGCAUGUUGCGCUUCUAUGGAAGAUGAAUGUCCAUUCACUUACCAAGAAUUUUCACAACAUUUUGUUUGGCUUAUUUCAGAAAAGAGAUGGAAACCAAGGCAGCAGGGCAAUACAAUUAGUAGAAUAUACUUUGCUAGCCCUAAUUGUGGUGAGAGAUUUUAUUUGCGUUUGUUAUUAACUGUUGUCAAAGGAUCAAAAUCGUUUCAAUGUUUACGCACGGUCAACAAUGUUUUGCAUGAUACGUUUAAAUCAGCAUGUGUUGCAAGAGGACUUUUAGAAGAUGAUGAAGAAUGGAUACAAUGCCUUAAAGAGGCUGCAGUUAUGAAAACUGGUUAUCAAUUAAGGAGAUUGAAAAAGUUAAUUGACUUCCCGCCAAUGCCACAACCUUCUACAAAUUGGAGUGCAGUAGUUGGUAACAGGUUGAUAUUCGAACAUCAACAACUACAUAAUGAGGCACAACAGGCAGAUGCAGAAAUUAUUAUUGAUCGCCUCAACAAUGAUCAACGAACAGCUUAUGAUGCAAUCACUUCCUCAGUCUUUGAAAAUAAAGGAACUAUUUUCUUUUUGAAUGGAGGUGCCGGAACAGGGAAAACGUUUUUGUACAAUGCGAUUGUAUUAAAAUGUCGCAGUCUUGGCCAUAUUGUUAUUACUGUGGUUUCAUCUGGAAUUACAUCAUUGUUAUUGGUAGGAGGUCGUACUGCUCAUUCAACAUUUUCCAUUCCGUUGGAUGUAUUGGAAAAUUCAAUUUGUGGAUUUAGCAAGCAAUCAUUACAAGCAGAAUUGUUUAGGGAAACAAAACUUAUAAUCUGGGAUGAAGUUCCUAUGCAGCGUAGACAUUGUGUUGAGGCAGUUGAUCGCACAUUUCGGGACACUUGUGAUAGUGAAAAGCCAUUUGGGGUUAUCACUGUUGUUCUUGGUGGAGAUUUUCGACAAAUCUUACCAGUUAUAACCAAAGGAGUCCAUGAGCAAAUUGAAAUUGUUAAACUUCCAUCAACAAUACACAAAUGCCAAGAUCUAAAAGACAUAAUCUCAGUAGUUUAUCCACAACUGGAUGUGGCAAUGACAUCGACUGCAACAUUUUAA